AUGAGUUUCACGGUGCAGACAAGCCUGGACACAAAGGUCCCCAACGUCAUUGAGCUGUUGGGACCGGCAAGUGCCACGGUUGUCCAUGAUAUCUCGGGCUCGCUUCGCCUGCAAGUUCAAAAGGCUGUCCAGCUCAAGCAACUCUCUGUCACGUUUGUCGGAGAAGCAUUCGAAUCGGCUACCAUGAGGACAGUCAAGAGCGAACCUAUCACCCUCCACCGCAUUGAGGUCCAGGCUAUCAAAACAGCGACGCUCUACCAACCCGGGGACUACACCAUUCCCUUCCAGAUAUCUAUCCCGGGAAACAUUUCGACAACAGACUGUUCACUGUUAAAGGCGUUCAGCCUUAUCUGGGGCUACGAGCUCAUCACGGUGGCGGUGCCCUCAUCUCUGCUUGGUCGCCGUAAGACCAUUCGACAACCGAUCACGUUCAAGCGACUGCUCGUCCCACAAUCCGAUCUUUCCGACGCACGAUACUCGGCAAAGCGACCCAACGAAAUCGAGUGCUCGAUGUUAGUGCCAAAAUUCAUGAGCACCACCGACACGAAGAUCUCAGCCAGAGUCUUUAUGCAUCCCCUCAAUUCAGCAAGCAGGGUCAAGAGUAUCGUUGCCAUGGCCAUUCAGCAGGAAAAGAUCCAAAUGACUAAUAAUAACAUAACAGAAGGGGUCUCAGCGAGUGUUGCGGGCAUUGUGGAGGACAUGAAUCCCAUGAUUUCAUCGGAUGCCGCCAAGACCUUCAGCAAUACCGUUACACUUACAAAUCCGGACCAGGAAGAGUUCUCGGCGGCCUGGGGGCGGGAGCACCCUGUUGAGCUGGACCUGGACAUUCUCUCCAACGAAUUGGUCGCGACGGAGACCCUCGACUGGGUCAAGAUCACACACGGUGUUCGCUUCACGAUCGAGUUUGCCGAUUCGACUGUGCGGAACCUGGUGGUCAUGGCGCCCAUUCAAGUCGGCAAUGUCCUGGACGAGCCCUGGUCACUGCAGGCAGAGCCCGAUGGCAGCAAACCCCCCGGUUAUGGGGACGAAGAGUCAGUUCUCCUUGACUCCAACACGAGUCGUGUCAGUCGUAACGAACUCCAUCGAGCACUGUAUCCUGAGCGCGUGCCACUUGUUCCUGACCUUGUCGAUGACAUGCCGCCCAUGUACGAUUACGAGGACGAGAAGCAGCCCAUACCUUAUUCUCAAUGCUGA